AAAUACUUCUGAUUACAACAUAUAUAUACCGGUAUAUAUUAUGUGGCAAUACGGUUUCUUGUUUCGAUUGAUUGUUUGAACAGAAGCAAUAAUCUAUGCUUGUUGUAUGACGCGUUCGGAAGGGCUGCAUCGUAACGCAGGAAUUUAAAACACCGAAUGUUAAAAAAUGAAUAGAGCUAUUGCUAAACUUCGAGGUUCAAUUCUAAGUUGUUCUCCUGGGAAGUUCUCCUCCAGUUUUAACUUCUGUAGGCAAAGUCUUUCAGGAUUUUCGAAAAACCUUCAGUUGAUUCCACGAGCGGAGCGUUAUGGAGUGUUGCAAAUUUCAAGCAAACCAAUUCAUUAUAGUUGUGUUUCGUUUCAUUAUGAUAAAGUGGACUUGAGCAAAGAAAACUGCAUUUUCUUCGAUGAUUUCAAAGCUGGGGUGCAAAACGAUCAAAUUCAAGUUGUCGAUGUACGAAGACAAGAUGAAGUUGACAAAGGGCGUGUCCCAGCAAAACGGUUCAUUCACGUACACGUUGAGGAAUUGGAAGAAGCACUGAACGAGUUAUCUAAUGAGGAAUUUAAAGAAAAACAUGGUGCUGAAAAGCCGGAUAAAAACGCUUCCGAUAUUGUUUUCUUUUGCCGACUUGGCAUACGGAGUUCAAGAGCAGUCAAAAUUGCGAAAGAAGCUGGAUACAAAAGUCCACGACAUUAUCCUGGAGGUUGGGCGGUGUGGAACGAACGAAUUCAUUCAGAUCCGCAAUAACAUGAAGCAUGAACCAAUAUAUUUACAUCCACGAUUUCCAUUUUCCUCGCUUUUUGUUAGCGGUUUAAUUUGUCGCAAUUGUUUAUUGCUGUUGCUCAGAAACGUUAGCCCACUCCCUUAGAAAGACAUUUUCAUAUUAAUCUCGGUGAUGUGGCUUAAUAUUAUGGCGAACUGCAGUCUCUCGUCCACUUGCCAGAUGGGAUCAACAAAGUUACCAAUUUUUUUUUCCAGAUUUUUGAAAUUGGGAGGGUAGAUGAAAUCGUAGACGUCAGCGUUUACGUAAGCAAACCUGCUACUUGCCUCUUUAUUACGAUAAAUUGUU